AUGCCCCCUCCUCCACCGCAGCAACUGAGCGCCGCGCCCUCUUCGGGCGCGAGCGCACCCUCACAACGAGUGCAGCUGGCCCAGGGCUGCCGAAGUCUGGAUACGAGUUACCGGAAGAUUCACAAGAUAUCCGAAGGCACGUACGGCAUUGUCUUUCGCGGACAGUGCCUGUACGGAAAUCGCGAGAUUGUCGCACUGAAGCAGUUGAAGUGUGUGAAAUCGCAAACCUCCGGUUUUCCGCUGCAGGCGUUGCGAGAGAUCACGAUUUUACAGCAGCUGCAGCACCCGAACAUCGUGAAAGUGUACGAAGUCGUAUCGGUUUCAGGCGGUGGGCCCGGCACGAUUGAGGAGAGUCUCGCGGGCACUUUCUGCCUGGUUAUGGAGUACAUGCCCCACGAGAUUUGCAACCUGCUCAAAAUCCACAGCUUCACCUACUACGAAAUCAAGAAUCUCACCGAGCAGCUCCUUUCCGCGGUGGCGCACUUGCAUAAGAACUACAUCACGCACCGAGACAUCAAGAGCAGCAACCUACUGUACGCGAAUCGGAACGGCGUGUUGAAGCUCUGCGACUUCGGGUUAGCCAGGCGAUUCGGCAAUCCAAUCUUUCGCAACGGCGAAGACGAGCCGAUUGCACAUCCUCCUCCACCUCCACCUGCCGCAGUUCCGCCCGCGCAGAGUAAUGGUCGGAGAUCCGGGAGAAAUAGGGAUGAUCAGGACGACAGCGAAGAUUCCUCGUCAGAGCUGGACGUCGAAAGAGACGAAUUGCGACGCCAAGUCAAGGAACAAAGACAAAUGCUGGAAGAACUUCGGAGAAAAAACAACGCAAGCGAGCAGGCGCAAUCAGCGAAAAACAAAAGUACUAGCGCCGGCAACACAUCAAACAAAUCAGGAAAUAACAAACUUUUCACUUCCGCUAGCACGACCAGCAUUCGCUACACGACCCCCGUGGUGACUUUGUGGUACCGCAGUCCGGAACUCUGCUUGGGGGCGAAAGUCUACGAUCCGCGCGCCGUCGAUAUGUGGAGUGUGGGCUGCGUCGUCGGAGAGCUGGUAAAGGGUUUGCCGAUUUUUCAGGCGCAGAGCGAGAGUGAGCAAUUGCGCAACAUCUUCCGCGUCACGGGGAAGCCCGAUUUGCAGGUCGAUCCCUGGUGGCGAAGGUUUCACCAGUUGCGAUGCAGUUCGAAAAAAUCCGCUGCCUCCGCCUUGGGCGGCAAGCAGGCCGCCGGCGCUUCCUCUACUUCCUCAACGAACAACCAAGAACGGUCCGAGCGGUGGCCGCCGGCGAUCGCUUUUGAGAAGCUGGAAAUGGUCGGGUGGCGGAAGUUUCUCUUCCCCCCGAAAUUCAACCCGGACGUCGAGAAAAAGAAGGAGGAGCAGAAAAAGAAAAAUGUGACGGAGGCGAUGCGGGAGCGGCUGAUCCGGGACGCGAAAAGCGAGAAAUCGAUUUUCCAAGAUUUUAACAACCGGUCGCCGGACUCACCCCGCUCCUCGUUGGACCCUGACAGCGAUGAGGAGAAAAAAGACGGAUCGCAGGACGAGGAGGACGAAGACGCCUGGAAACUCAAGCCUGCGGAGGACGCGGACGAAAGCUUGAUUCCCCACGAAAACAACGAGGAAGAAGAUUUCCAUGCGAACUUGUGCCGUUUGAUCGAUUUUUUCGUGGCGAUUUGCGAGGUGCAGCCGGACAAGCGGGCGACCGCGGAACAGUGCUUGCAGCACCCCUUUCUCACCGAGGGCAGAAAGCUGAAGGCCUUUCUGAUGCCGACGUUCCCGGAGACCAACGACGCCACGCACGGCGCCCCCGUGCCGGCCGCCCAGCCAGCGCGUCCGACAAUCAGAAACGCGAACCCGGCGGCCACGGGGAACAGGGCCGGUGCGCACCAGACGGGACCGACCAGGGGCGGGACCACUGCGUCUAACAACCCGUACCGAACAGUGAAGGAACUGAACACGGUGACCCGCAUGUCCUCGGGUUUGUCCGAGGGCGGGCAGAUGGUAAAGCCGGUGCCGAUUCGCCCCCACACGACCGGCAGCCACUUGGAGCCCAACGCGAAGCGGUUAAGGGUGGUAGACGCCAUGGGGCGGGUGGAGUACCGUCCCCAGGUACGACUACCGCUGCCCCCACACACCGGGCAAAGACGGCAGGAGCUGGUGGCUCCGCCCGUGCCACAGCGACCACCCGCACCAAAACCGACGGGGCCGCGGAUGACGCAAAAUCCGCUGAUUCAAUUCAAAAGCCGCCGCUGAGAGGGAUCGUGGUCGAAAUGUGUCUGGCCACGUCUUUCUUCUGAAGAAGGGCUGUCGACAUUGCUUGUGCUCUCUUUUUAUCACGCGACUCGCACUAACUCACACAAGUAUGUGUCACGACAUGAUCAUGUUGUUUACAUACUCAGG